AUGGAUCCAGUUGAGAUUGUGGUACCCUAUACCAAUGUUGAAAUUAGGCAAUUGUGGGAGAUUGAUGAUUGGCAAAGAGCUUGUAGUAAUUUCUUAGAAGAAAUUAACAAAUAUGCAAAAAGUAAGCGAAUUCAGUUUAUGAAAAGAACUGAAUGGAUUCGUCCCCACAUAAUAAAAAGGGCACCUAUUUCUGGGGCUCUUACAUUCUAUACUGAUGCAAAUAAACCAGGAAUGUCUGGUAAUGAGGCAGCAAAUAUCAGUAAAAUUGUUCAAAGUCCAUAUGAUGCAGUUCAAAAAUCAGAGCUGUAUGCCAUUCUGAUGGUUUUGUUAGACUUUAAGGAACCUCUUAACAUAAUUAUUGAUUCUCAGUAUGGCUACAAAUGGGAAGACCAGAAUAUUGAAGAACAUUAUCAAAGUUCUAGAAGACAUGAAAGGUUUCUCAUCUGUCCUUCUGGCUACAAACCAUUUGAACAUAAGGAAUAUGGGAAGAAGCAAUGUACCUCUCUUUCUCCUACAACAGUUAGAAGAUAUGUUGGAGUGCCCACUAUGAGUAUACUUGGUGAAUGUGAUACAAGUUUACAAUUAAUUGGUUUUCCAACUACACUGGGAAUACAUCAACAAACUCACACCGGAAAAAAGCCUUAUGAUUAUAAGGAAUGUGGGAAUUCUUCUGUCUGUACUGGUUCACUUUGCAAAUGUAGUGUGACCCACAGUAUAGAAAAAUGUUAUGCAUGCAGUCAGUGUGGUAAAACUCUGAGUUCUUCCAGUUGUGUUCAAAGAUGUUAUAAAACUCAUAUGGGAAGAGGAAGUGAUAAAUAUGAACCAUCUACUAAAGACUUGAACCAUCAUUGGUAUCUUCAGACAGACAAAAGAACCCAUAAUGAAGAGGAUCUUUAUGAAUAUAAUCAACAUGAUAAAGACUUUAGAUUUGAUUCCUCUUUACAAUUACACCAAAGAAUUCAUUUGGAAGUAGAAUCCUAUAAAUAUAAUCAAGGUGCAAAAGACUUUGAACAUUACAGUAGCUUUCAAGUACAUAGAAUACAUACUGAUGAGCAACCAUGUGAAUGCAAUCAAUGUGGUAAAGCCUUUGCCAGUUGCCAUAAUCUUAAAAUACCUGAAAGAAUCCUUACUGGAGAGAAACCCUAUGUAUGUAAUCAAUGUGGUAAAACUUUUGUAAGUCGCCAUAAUCUUAAAAUACAUGAAAGAAUUCAUACUGGAGAGAAACCCUAUGUAUGUAAUCAAUGUGGUAAAGCCUUUGUGUAUUUAACUAGUCUUCGAAAUCAUGAAAAAACACAUACUGGGGAGAAACCCUAUGUAUGUAAUCAAUGUGGUAAGGCCUUUGCCUGUCGCAGUAAUCUUCAAAUACAUGAAAGUACUCAUACAGAUGUGAAACCCUACAGAUGUAAUCAAUGUGGUAAAGCCUUUGCACAUAUCAUUUAUCUUCAAAGACAUGAAAGAAGUCAUACUGGAGACAAACCAUUUGAAUGCAAUCAGUGUGGGAAAGGCUUUGCACAAUUUAGUCAUCUUCAAAAACAUUUCAAAAUUCAUAGUGGAGAGAAACCCUAUGAAUGCAGUCAAUGUGGUAAAGCCUUUGGAAGUCGCAGUAAUCUUCAAACACAUGAAAGAAUUCAUACUGGAGACAAGCCCUUUGUAUGUAAUCAAUGUGAUAAAGCCUUUGUAAGUCGCCGUAAUCUUCAACUACAUGAAAGAACUCAUACAGGAGAGAAACCUUAUGAAUGUAAUCAGUGUGGUAAAGCCUUUGCACAUUUCACUAGUGUUCGAAAUCAUGAAAAAAUUCAUACUGGAGAGAAACCCCAUGUAUGUAAUCAGUGUGGUAAAGCCUUUGCAUGCCGCAGUAAUCUUCAAAUACAUGAAAGUACUCAUACAGGAGUGAAACCCUACAGAUGUAAUCAAUGUGGUAAAGCCUUUGCACAUGUCAUUUAUCUUCAAAGGCAUGAAAGAAGUCAUACUGGAGACAAACCAUUUGAAUGUAAUCAAUGUGGGAAAGGCUUUGGAAGUCACAGUAAACUUCAAACACAUGAAAGAAUUCAUACUGGAGAGAAGACCCAUGUAUGUAAUCAAUGUGGUAAAGCCUUUGUAAGUCGCAGAAAUCUUCAAAUACAUGAAAGAAUUCAUACUGGAGAAAAACCCUAUAUAUGUGAUCAAUGUGGUAAAGCCUUUGCACAUUUCACUAGUUUUCGAAAUCAUGAAAAAAUUCAUACUGGGGAGAAACCCUAUGUAUGUAAUCAGUGUGGUAAAGCCUUUGCCUGUCGCAGUAAUCUUCAAAUACAUGAAAGUACUCAUACAGAUGUGAAACCCUACAGAUGUAAUCAAUGUGGUAAAGCCUUUGCACAUAUCAUUUAUCUUCAAAGGCAUGAAAGAAGUCAUACUGGAGACAAACCAUUUGAAUGUAAUCAGUGUGGGAAAAGCUUUACACAUUUCAGUCGUCUUCAGAAACAUUUCAAAAUUCAUAGUGGAGAGAAACCCUAUGAAUGCAGUCAAUGUGGUAAAGCCUUUGGAAGUCGCAGUAAUCUUCAAACACAUGAAAGAAUUCAUACUGGAGAGAAACCUUAUGUAUGUAAUCAAUGUGGUAAAGCCUUUGUAAGUCGCCGUAAUCUUCAAACACAUGAAAGGAGUCAUACCGGAGAGAAACCCUAUAUAUGUAAUCAAUGUGGUAAAGCCUUUGUAAGUCGCAGUAAUCUCAAAAUACAUGAAAGCACUCAUACAGGAGUGAAACCCUAUGGUUGUAAUCAAUGUGGUAAAGCCUUUGCACAUAUUAUUUAUCUUCAAAGGCAUGAAAGGAGUCAUACUGGAGACAAACUAUGAAUGUAUUCACAAAAGCCUUCAAAAACAUGAAAGGUGUCAUACUGGAGAAAAACCCAAUGAAUGUAAUUGAUGCAGUAAAACUUUGCAGGUCAUUGUAAUCUUCACACAUCAAAGAAGUAAUAGUGAAGAGAAACCCUAUAAAUAUCAAUGUGAUAAUGCCUCUUUAUGUUACAGUCAUUUUCAAAGGCACAACAGGAUUACUCUUGGAGAGAAACAUCAUGAAUCUAGUAAAUUAAGUAAAGCUUCACACACCACAUACAUUGUUCUCACUGAGCUGUCUCACUGGUGCUCAAGUAAGAUUAGUAGAAGCAUUCUAUCAGUCAAAUAUUGUCUUUUUUCAAAUUGUAAACAAAUUGUCAUCCAAGGAUAGAGGAGUACAGAAUAAUUGCUAUUAUUGAAUAAUAAAACUUAUUUGAAGUGUCAA